AUGUCCGGAGACAGCACGAAGCAGAGUUGGGCAUUCCAGGGUAGGGGAUGGCUGAAGACUCUGAUUGCUGAACGACACGAAGUCGAGACAUUUGAUAGUCGAGGAGUUACCUUUUCGGGGUCAAGCAGUCCAAUCCGCUCUGAGGAUUUUGCUGCUCCUUCGACAUUGGACGAGGCUGCUGUCUAGGGAGAGUGUAUGUCUAGGUCAAAAAUAGGUAGCAGGGAGCAUGCGGCAGAAAUAUGACAGGGGCAUUCCCUGGGCAU